AUGCACAGACUAGAUGAGCAGCAGCAGCAGCUUGUUAAGAAACACAGACUCCAUCAUGCACAGAUGCUGCAGCAGCAGCAGCAGCAGCAGCAGCAGCAGCAGCAGAUGCUGCUGCUGCAGCAGCAAAAGCAGAAUAGAAGGUUUAGUCAAGAUGCAACAGCUAGGGAGAUUACUGCUGCUGAUGAUGAUGAUGCUGCUGCUGCUGCUGCUGUUGCUGCUGCAGCAAAUGAUGAACAACAAGCAACCACACCGAGGCCGAUGUCCCCUACAUCUGCAGCAGCAGCAGCAGCGCAGCAGCAGCAGCAGCAGCAGCAGCAGCAGCAGGGUUCCAUCGAGAGACGCAGACCAGCAGCAUCACCAGAAGAAGCUGCUGCUGCUGCUGCUGCUGCUGCUGCUGACCCAUGCUGCAACACUAACAACACCUGCAACGCCACCAGCAGCAACAGCAGCAGCAGCAGCAGCAGCAGCAACACCAGCAGCAGCAGCGGGAACGGAGGAGCCGAUAGCAGCACCACGCCGAUCCCCAUAAACCCCCUUGCAGACAGCAGCAGCAGCACCAGCAGCAGCACCAGCACCAGCAGCAGCAGCAGCAGCAGCAGCAGCAGCAGCAGCAGCAACCCACCUAUGGUGUUAGAGAGGAGCUGGAUCGCUAUCACCAGCGACGUGGGGUGGGGUUGCACCAUCCGGACAGCUCAGAUGCUGCUGCUGCAGGCGCUGCGGCGGCAUUUCUUUGAGUCAGGCCCAGCAGCAGCAGCAGCAGCAGCAGCAGCAGCAGCAACAGCAGCAGCAGCAGGAGGCAGAAGCAGCAACAGAAGCAGCAGCAGCAUUGGGAGAUAUGAACAAGGAUUCUCGGGCGCAGCAACUGGUAAACCACAAGAAGAACUGCAGCAGCAACAACAGCAGCAGCAGCAGCAGCAGCAGCAGCAGCAGCAGCAGCAGCAGCAGCAGCAGCAAGAAGAAGAUACCGACGGCUCAAUCCCUUUUGCAGUUCCCUACCUAAACCACCAAGAGGACCCCUUCAGCACCACCACCACCACCACCACAACCACCAGCAGCAGCAGCAACAGCAACAGCAGCAGCAGCAGCAGCAGCAGCAGCAGCAGCAGCAGCAAGACAUACACCGAAGUAGAUCUGCUGCGGUGGUUCCUUGACGUUCCCUCUCCCCCUGAUGAAUAUCCUUUUUCUAUAUUUUCUUUUGUAAGAGCUGCUGGCGGCGGCGUGGGCUGGGCGCGGGCUCUCUAUGGCCGCAUGGCAGCAGAAGAAGCUUUGCUGCAGCAGCAGCAGCAGCAGCAGCAGCAGCAGCAGCAGCAGCAGCGGGACAGGGAGAGGGAGAGGGAGAGGCAGCGGGAGGGGCAGCAAAGACACAGACACAGAGAUGCAGCAACUGAUACAGAAAAGAAAGAAAAACGGAUGCACAUGCAGCAGCAACACACUGCAGCAGCAGCAGCAGCAGCAGCAACAGCAGCAACAGCAGCAGCAGCAGCAGAAGCAGAAGAGGACCUGCUGCAGCAGCAAAGUGUAACUGAAAAAACACUGCUGCUGCAGCAACGCCAUGGAGCAUUUGCUGCUGCAGCAAAAGCAGCUGCAGCGGCUGCUGCAGCAGAUCCAACAGCAGCAGCAGCAGCAACAGAUAAUACUCCACUUGCUGCUGCUGCUGCUGCUGCUGCUGCAACGCAUGAGGAUGGUGCUGGCCCCGUGUCUGCUGCAUCUGCAGCAGCGCCUGCAGUAGCUGGCGCAGCAGCAGCUGCAGCAGCAGCAGCAGCAGCAGCAGCAGCAGGAGAAGCACCCUCAGCAGCAGCAGCUGAACAUAUGACAGCAAGCAAAUCUGCAGCACAAAUCGAGGCAGCAGCAGCAGACGCAGCAGCAGCAGCAGCAACAGCAGCAGCAGCAGCAACAGCAGCAGCAGCAGCAGUGCCUACCGACGCAGCAUUUUUGCCUUCUGCUGCUCUCCCCGCGGCGAUACAGCAGCAGCAGCAGCAGCAGCAGCAGCAGCAGCAUGUUGCGUUCCAUCAGCAGCAGCAGCAGCAGCAGCAGCAGCAGGUAUACCAUCCGUCUGGUGUGCAGCAGCAUGAGCAUCCCCCACACCAUCCGCAGCACCCCCCACCUCCUCCUCCUCCUCCUCCUCCUCCUCAGCAGCAGCAGCAGCAGCAGACAGCAGCAGCAGCAGCAGCAGCAGCAGCAGCAGCAGGGGGUCCCCCUGCUGUCGUGCUAGACAGAGGAGUGAGCGCGGUGCAUUCUGCUGCUAUAAUAAAAUUUGCUGGGGACUGGUUCGGCCCCACAACGGCCUCAGCAGCAAUCAAGCUGCUCGUUGAGUCCUCGCCCUUUACAGCUGGCGAGGUGUAUGUAUACCUAGAUACUGAUGGGGUGAUGGAUAUAGAGGAGAUAGAUAGACAGUGCAGGCUAGCAGCAACAGCACCUGCUGCUGCUUCUGCUGCUGCUGCUGCUGCUACAACAGCAGCAGCAAGACGAUCACACCACCACAAACAGCACAAGCACCACAACCAGCAGCAAGAACAGCAGCAGCAGCAGCAACCAGAGCAGCAGCAGCAGCAGCAGCAGCAGCAGCAGCAGCAAUGCCGUGAAGAUGACUGGGAGGACGUGCCCUCAGUGUCGCUCUCACCAACAGAAGGUCGCAGCAGCAGCAGCAGCAGCAACAGCAGCAGCAGCAGCAGCGGCAGCAGCAGCAGCAGCAGCCUCAGCAGCAGCAGCAACAGCAGCAGCGACUUCAAUGUUAUGGGGAGAAGCGAAGAGGACUUCGGGCUGUCUGCAAGCCGCCCGGCGAGCAGCCCCGCUCUACCAGCAGCAGCAGCAGCAGCAGCAGCAGCAGCAGCAGGAGCAGCAGCAGCAGCAGCAGAAAGAAGAGAAUGCUGUUCUGCUGCGGAUAUAGCAGCAGCUGCUCCCGCUGCUGCUUGGCCGCCGUCUCCCCGAUGGGCUAGCGAUAGAGACAGCAGCAGCAGCAGCAGCAGCAGCAGCAGCAGCAGCAGCAGCAGCAGGAGGCGCAAGACAGCGGAUGCCUUGCUGCGAUCUAGAGAAGCAGCAGCACCAGCAGCAGGCGCUGCUGCUGCUCCUCCUCCCGUUUCUCCUGCCGCUGCAACACCAGCAGCAGCAGCAACACCAGCAGCAGCAGCAACACCAGCAGCAGCAGCAGCAGCAGCUAGCGACCCAUUACAGGGUGUAUCACCUUACAGCUGCAGCAACAGCGGCAGCAGCAAGAGGAGCAGCAGCAACAAGACAUUAUGCAGCAGCAGCAGCAGCAGCAGCAGCAGCAGCAAACACAGCAGCAGCCCUAAAUCUCGCAGCAGCAGUUCUGUCCCCCCCCUACCGGCUCCAAUAAGCAGCAGCAGCAGCAGCAGCAGCAGCAGCAGCAAAACCAGCAACAACAGAACCAUCCCCAGCAGCAGCAUCCCGAGCAACAGCACCCCCAGCAGCAGCAACAACAGCAGCAGCAGCAGCAGCAGCAGGAGCAGCAGGAUGAGGGUUCCUAGCAUGCAGGAUCGCAGCAGCAGACGCAGCAGCAGAUCAUCACCCAAAGACAGCAUGAUAGCCGGCAGGAGACAGCAGGCCUUCUUUUGUAUCGGGUUUCAGGGAGAUUCUAUGCUCUAUCUAGAUCCGCAUACACGCAUACAGGGAGAUUCUAUGCUCUAUCUAGACCCGCAUACACGCAUACAGGGAGAUUCUAUGCUCUAUCUAAAUCCGCAUACAAGGAUACAGCCUCCUGCGCUUGAGUGGUGUGUGUCUACGCGUUUGUCUUUGUUUGGGGGUCGAGCUUAUAAACAGGGGAUAGAGCAGCUGAAUGCUUCUUUUGCUUUGGCUUUUUAUGUGGGUUCUUACUCUGAGCUGCUGCUGCUGCAGCAAGAAAUAAACAGAAUAGAAUAUAAAUUUCCUGCUGCUUCUCUUCUCUCUACCCACACCAUACAUACACAUAAACAUCAAUACAAACAUAAACAUAUUAAACAUAAACAGCAGCAGCAGCAGCAACAGCAGCAACAGCAGCAGCAGCAGGAGGGGGAGGAGAAGGAGCAGCAGCAGCAGCAGCAGCGGGAAGAGGAGGAACAGGGAGAGCAGCAGCAGCAGCAGCAGCAGCAGCAGCACAGACUUCAACAGCAUAAGCAUCAUAGGCGACACGAGCAGCAGCAGCAGCAGCAGCAGCAGCAGGGAGAAGAGCGGCAGCAGCAAGAACAACUGCAGCAAGAACAGCAGCAGCAGCAGCAGCAGCAGAAGCAGCAGAUGAAGGAAGAGGAGCAGCAAGAACUAGACAGCAACUCAGUGCGCCAGGGAGACAAAGCAGCAGCAGCAGCAGCACCAACAGCAGCAGCCGCUGCAGCAGCUGCAGCAGCAGCAGCAGCAGCAGCUUCACAACCAGGGGGGCCGCCCCCAGACGAGGAGACAGAGCUGCUGCUGCUGUCUGCGCUUUGCGGCUCAGGAGCCGCUGCAGCAUCUGCAGCAGGAGCAGCAGCAGCAGCAGCAGCAACAACAGCAGCAGCAGCAACAGCAGCAGCAGCAGCAGCAGCAGCAGGAGGAGGCCGACAAGAGCUGCAGCCUGUGCCUGGCGCUGCACCCCUCUGUGGGUCCCCUUCGUCUGCCGCAGCGGAGCGGCUCGUGGCUGCUGCCCCCCUCGCAGCAGCAGCAGCAGCAGCAGCAGCAGCAAGAGCAGCAGCAGCAACAGCAAGAGCAGCAGCAGCAGCAGCAGCUGCAACUGGCUCGCAUGUGCUGCAUGUCUCGGCCUUCUUCUCCCCUCGAGAACCCCCAGUCAGCUGA